UAAAGCCACAACAAGGUAAAUUUAAGGCGUCCUUUUUGGAACUCUAUCGGUCAAAAGAAUAUACCUGGUGUGGAUUUGGCAACGGUGGUUGUGAAUAGUAUCUCGCGGGAGUUUGCCGCAGGUUAUUCAGCAGUGCUAGUAGUUGCUAAACACACCCAGAUACUAUUUUAUAUGUCAAAAUAAAGUGAAAAAUUGAUAAUUAUUUUUAAACUCGUGUUAAAUAUUUGCUAAUACAUUACAGCAUUAAGAUCAGGAAAUUUUGGAGUAAUUUGAUAUGGCAAAUCGAGUUAUUGGUGGAGGUUCAAAUAAUGGAGCAGCUGGUUCAUCGGGUGAAGUUGGUUUAGCUGGUGUUCCAAGACUUCUUGAGGAUUUGGCAAGACUAUCAGAAGAUAAAGAUUCAGCAGAUAUACUUUUUCUUCUUGGAAGAGAAGAAACACCCGUUUAUGGUCACCGAAUAAUACUCCAAGUCAGAUGUAAAAAUUUUACUGUACCAAAACGACUUGGUACACCAGGAAAUUUAACUCCAGUUAGAAUGCCACAUGCACAUGCAGAAAUAUUUCGUCAAUUUAUGCACUAUGUUUAUACUGGAAAGAUCAUGCUUCAAGACAGUGGAAUUUUUGAAAUGCUUGCACUUGCACAAGAAUUAGGAGUAGAAGAACUAUGGCGUAGUUGUGAAGAGCAUGUUUCAGCAACACUUAGUCCUGAUAAUGCGUGUGCACUUUUGUCUGCUGCUUUGGAUGCACAAGAAAGAGUACUUGGAGGAAAAGGAGCAUGUUCAUCAUUUAUUGAACGUUGUUAUUCAUUCAUUGGUGACAAUGCUGUUGAAACAGUUAAAACAACAGCAUUUUGUAAUCUUCCAAAAGAUGCACUUGUUAAAUUAAUAUCAUCUGAUUAUUUGGGACUUGAAGAGGAGGAUGUUUGGCGAGCAGUUUUAAAUUGGGCAAAAUAUCAAGCUGGUGUAACACAACCAACUCAGCAUUGGACUGAAGAAGAACGUGCAAGAGUAUGUCAACAUCUUGCUGGUGUUAUAAAUCAUGUACGUCUUUUAUUAAUAGACAGUCAUGUUUUUGCUGAAGAAGUUGAACCAACUGGUGCUGUACCAAUUGAAUUAUCUCUAGAAAGAUAUCGUUAUGCUGCUGUUCCAAAUAAAUAUGCUGAAAAUUGUAGUGACAAAAGACUUCAGCCACGUGUUGGUAAACUAUUAUUUCCUGGAUCACAAAUAUUAUCAAGAGACAAAAUGGCAUACCAGAGAUUAUUAAAUCAAUGGUAUGGUUCAUCAAAACAAAAUUGGCGUCUUAUUUAUCGAGCAUCAAAUCAUGGCUAUUCAGCAGCAGCUUUUCACAGACAUUGUGAUGGAAUUUCUCCAACUUUUACAAUAGUUCUUGGACCUCGAGGAGAAGUGUGUGGUGGAUUUAGUGAUGUUGCCUGGGAAAAAACUGAUAAAAACAGUAGAUAUAUUUCAGCAGAAAAAGCAUUUCUUUUUACACUUACAAAUACCCAGGAUAUACCACCAACCAAGUAUGAUUUAAUUAAAAAAAAUUUUGCAAUUUGUUAUCAUCCAGAAAUUGGUCCAAUAUUUGGUGCUGGUGCUGAUUUAAUGAUAUCAAAUAAUUGUAAUGCAAAUAUGGAUAGUUACAGUAAUCUUCCACAUAGUUAUGAUGGUGAAAAUGCAUCAACAACAGUUCUCAUGGGUGAUUAUCAAUUUAAUGUUAUUGAUUAUGAAGUUUUUACUCUUAAUAACAUAAAUAACACACUCCCAAAGUUAGAUAAACUUAAAAUAAACAAUAAUUAAU